CGGACAUUUUCAUAUCACCGGGCACUUUCAAGCAAAUGGUGUCGUAUGCCACGAUGAGAGAUGUCAUGCAUAUAGUUUGCCCUUCGAGUCAGGAUAAGCAUUCCAAAAUACUACAAAACCGAAUAAAAAUCCUGCGUAAAAGCAUAACGUUCUUAGGACACGGCGACAAUUCGCAAGCCCAAUUCGUCAUCUCAAACUUAUCCAAACUGCCUGGUAUCGCUCAAUAUUUUUUACCAUUUAGGACCAAGAUAUCCGAACAAGCAAAACGUAUCGGGUUUUUCCGGUACUCAAAAAACGCAAACGAUUUUACGAAAAUUUUUAUUUACCUCGUGGACUAUCUGCUCAAGCACCAAAAGGAGGUGCAGAACUGUUUCCAGGGAAAUUAUGCCAAUAUAGAUUAUUUCAACCAAGAAAAUCUGCCGUAUUAUAGGGAGCAAAUUGUACCGUUUCAAAAAGUCGAAUCGUUUUAUAAAGAGCCAGUAGACCAGUACUGUAUUAGAAAAGUCACUUUAACAAACACUGUGCAUGGCGCCUUGGUUUAUAAAAAGGAACAUUUGAUUGCUGAUGUUAGUAAGGGAAUUUCCCUUCAAGCCUACAAAGUCUACCAGAGAUUCUCAAACGAAAUCCUGAAAAAUCUCAUCGAAGAAAUGCGCCGUUACCGAAUGAUCCAAAUGCGAAAACGCAAAGGCGCCAACUUCUUCCACUCCUACCGGCUCUCCUUGAACUAUAUUACCGUCCAAAAUGUCCCGUGGUGGUACGAAACUAUGGAGAGCGCCUACAAAACGUUUCUCCACUUAAAAUACGAUCAGAAAAUGUGUUUUGAUACGAAUAUGGAGUUUAGUCAACGCACUAAGUUUGGACAACUAAUAGGAGUCAACGAGGUGCUCACUUUUCAACCUCUGAGCAACAUAGAUCUAAACAUUAAAUAUCCCGAAUAUCAUUUGGUGUUAAAUCCAGACAUCGAAGAUCAUUCCGAGGUUAUUGACGAGUUAGCCAAAAGAUAUCACGCCAAAUGCUUAAUUGAGCUUAAAGGGUUGCAAAAACCCCCUGGUUCAAGUACCAAACGUGCCGAAAGUAAUGAAGAUGACGAGGAUGACGUGGAAAUGGUUGAAAUCUUCGACCCACAACCGUCAACUUCCAAACAACAACCGGAAACUGUGGAAAAAGAAUUGGAUGCAAUUAAUUUAGAUGAAGAUGAACCCUUGGAUUUAUCGAUUAGUGCCAAAGAGAGUGCCGCUAUAGAUAAUUUGAAGCAUUGGAUUUCGGACUGUAUAGAUUUGGAUCGUGUCAGAAGCCCCAGUCCUGAGCUGUUCAAUUUCGAUUCGACAAAUACUGAAAUUAAGACUGAACAAGAGGAACCUGUGGAUAUUAAGGAGGAGAAUGAGGAACCGAAGAAGUUAUUGAGUGUUGAAGAAAUUAUUAAAGAGAUGCUAAAUCCCAGCACCGACUGCAAAGAACCACGUACAGUACCGUACAUAUCGGAUUUAGUCAAUCUCCUAUUCACAAUUUACGAGGAGGGCGACAUAAAAACCGACGAAACUAAAUCCCUCGCUUUGAUAAAGAAACACUUCGUCAAACAGUAUCCCCGAAUGGAAAAUGUCUCCGUAAAAGACAUCGAUCGGCAUUAUUUGGCCGAUUACAUUGAAAAUAGAACGUCCAUAAAAGACGUUUGGGUUAAUGUUGAAAGGGAGUCUUAUGUGGAAGAUCCAAGCGAUAAAGCAGUGGCUUUUAACGAAAUUUAUGCCAAAGGAGGAGACGUGCAAGAUUUGACCACCGCUUAUGAAUUAUUGGAAUUUAUUGAGGAGCAAGGGAUGCUCGGGGCAGCCGGUUAUGAGAUAAAGGAAAAAUUCAUGCAGCAAGAGGGCCGCUGCACUUUAGAAUUAAUAUUACAAAUCUUAACUCGUCACCAUCUUUUACUAAGAACUGGGGUGUGCUCGGUGAGGUACAUCCAUUUCAAACACAGAGAACCCUGGCUUACGGAAACCUUCCGUAUGACCGCCGAUCAUAUAGCCCAAAUCGCAGACGGCAAAGUGUUAGACGACAAUUUGGUGUGGUACAAAAUGAACCCAUUUCCAUGGACGAACAUAGAGGGCGCCUUCGACAGUAACGUGUUUAAAGUAUGGAUGUCCAACGUGUUUUCUUACUGUAUCGAACACCCUAAGGUUAUGUUUAUGGACUUGUGUGCGAAGUUUUGCUAUAUAAAGCCUUAUGAUUUAUUUUAUUUGAUUGAGAAAUUACAAGAAGUAGGUGCGUUAGAAUUGCGAAAGUAUGUGGUGCCGUCAGAAAAUGUUUUUUCCGAGUAUCAACUGCCUGAGGAGCGUUUAGCCUCGCCUUUGGACAAGUUUGAAGAUAUGUACAUAGAAACACAUAAUAUUAGUUUUACAAUGCUAGGUUCGUUUUUUCAUAAUAUUUAAGGUUCUAUGGUUGUUUUCUUAUUAAUUAAUAAAAACGCUUUUUUCCUUGA